ACGCAAAUCUUCGUCACCGACGAAGGAAACACCCAGCAAAACUCCUCGUAUUAAACCGGCCCAAACCGAUAUCGAAUUCGUAGCGGAGGAAAAUGAGCCGGAGAUCGACAACAGCAAAGUUCUGCUCAGCUGGUUUGAUUCGGAUUUGAAUUUGGAGAUAGAUCCAAAAACGUUCGAUACUGCGAAGCCCAUUUCUGAUGGUGCGUUGGCCUUGCUGUGGGCAGGCGUGCGCGCUAAUAUGGGCGUCACAAAAGGAAAGGUAGCAUUUGAGGUUAUCUUGACGAAGACCAAUGAAAUGCGCAAAGUUACGGAAGAACCUGUAACUUCCGAGUUUCGUGUUGGAUGGUCAACAGCGGACACAAGUCUGCAGCUAGGCGAGGCCAAGCAUUCCUUUGCCUAUUCCAGCACGGCUACUAAAGGAACGGACAGUAAGUUUUCCGAGUACGGCACGGAAUACAAGAUGAACGACGUUAUCGGGGUAUACCUGGAUCUGGAGUCUAGCCCGUGCAAAAUCGAGUACACCGUCAAUAAUGUCAGUCAAGGAACUGCUUUCGAAUUUGAGAAAGCUGAAUUGGAGGGAAAGGCUAUGUUUCCACAUAUCUGCAGCAGAAACAUUGCCUUCAAGGUCAAUUUUGGACAAUUGGAACGAAGUCUGCUCAAUGACAGAGCAAAACCCAAAAAGGCCAAGAAAGAUGUAAAGAAAUCUGAAAAACCAGCUGAACCAUCGAAGGAGGGUGAGACUAAGCCAACUGAAACAGAGAAAACAACGGAAACGGAACAAACAGCAGAGACAGAGAAGCCUGCAGAAACGGAGAAGCCUGCAGAAACGGAGAAGCCUGCAGAAACGGAGAAACCAGCAGAUGCAGAGAAAACCGAGGAAGGCGAUAAGGUUGCUGCCGAAGCCGAGACAGAAAAGAAAGACGGUGAAAAGGAUGACGACAAGGAAAACCAGAAAGAAGAGGAAACUACUGAGCCAGAAAUAUUGACUAUCAACCCAGAGUACAUCUACAUAGCGCAAUCUCCAAAAGAAAAUCUAGUGCUUGGAGUUUGUCGCCCUGAAAGUCGUAAAGACUGUGAGCUCAUAUUCCUUAUCGGAAUGCCUGCCAGCGGUAAAACCCAUUGGGUUACAAACUAUCUGAAGGAAAAUGCGGACAAGAAAAUUACAUUGUUGAGCGUCCACUCAUUGCUGGACCAAAUGAAGCUUGCGGGCGAACCAAGAAAACCGCAAAACACGAAAAAGUGGUCGAGGCUUGUGGAUCAGCUUUCGAAAAGCUUGAACAAACUGAGCGAUAUCGCUUCCAAGCGAAGACGGAACUACAUAUUUGAUCAGACUAACGUUUUCCCGUCCGAGCAAAAGCGUAAACUACGUGGAUUCGGCGAAUUCGCAGCCCGAAAAGCCGUCAUCGUUGUUCCCGACGAAGCAGAACACGUGCGCCGUAUCAAAUUGAAGAAUGAAGUUUUUGGCGUCGAAGUUCCCGAGUCACACCUCAACGUGAUGAAAGCACACUUCCAUAUUCCCCCCAAGGAAUUGAACUGGUUCACCGAAGUUACGUACACGGACUUGGACGCAGAAAAGGCUGCCGAGCGAGCUAAAGCGCUCAACGAAGCCGGUCAAAAAUCAUUACCGCGAGGAGGAGUCAACAGAAAUCAGCCACAACGACGAGGAGCAAACAACAACCAGAGAUGGAACCAGGGCAACAAACGCUACAGUGGUGUUCAGCAGUAUCAUCAAGGAGGCUACAAUCCACAACAGCAGCGAUACAACAGCCCACAACAGUAUUCUCAGAACAGAAACUACCGAGGCGGAUAUGGAAGGCCAAAUGCAGGAGGUUACACCGGUGGUCGCUACGGCAGCAACAGUGAUUGGACACGUGGACGCUACGAUAACCGUUAUAACAACCGAGGAGGAUACCAGAACAAUCAGGCGCAACGAUAUGGAGGCAACUACAACAGAGGAUACGACAACGGCUCUACCUGGAAUCAACAGAAUGCCAAUUGCUGGAGUUAUGGAGGAAACCAAGGAAAUGAUUCGCAGCAAUGGUACUCGUGGUGGCAGCAGCAAGGAGGCGGCAGCGGCGACAGCAAUUCUCAGCAACAGUACUGGUCGCAACCCAGCUACGGAAACUAUCAGCAUUCAAAGUUCCAAGGAUCGGGAUCGUCGUUCAAGAAUAAGUAAAUGAGUUACUUAACAGGAAUCCCCCUAAUUAUAAGUGACUUUUUUUAUCAACUUUCUCACACAUCCACACACAAGCGGCACUAUCUUCAUAAAAAGAUUAAUACUCUACCAUUUGUUUGUUAUAAGCAUGAUUUGAUUCCGUUCAAUGCAUUGCAUAACUACCAUAAGUAACAUAUUGGCAAAACUACGAAUACUUUUAUCUUGAAUAUAAGACAAAACAAGUACAAUUCAAAUGCGUGGCACAUUUUAACAGUGAGAUAUAGUAGUGCGAGGAAGUUUUUGAAUGUGAAAUCUUUGACUAUUAUUUGUAAAACUGAAUAACGAUAUCUAGCUCUUAUAUAACAUAGGUUAAUAAGCUCAAUAUUUCUUUGAGGUAACCAUAGUGCUGGUUAAGAGAAUUUCAUUCAUGGUAGAGCAAUUCACAAUAAAGAUAAUGUGUUAUAUUAUUUAAGUUGAGGAGGGUGUGCUGGAAUAUUUUUUUCCAUGAUGUACUGACAGUAUAAGUUGUGCUAUCUCUUCUGAUCCUCGUAUCGUUUGUUUUACAUGAACCAUGUAGUUUAUCACCUGUAAAUUUCGUUUACUUAUUUUAUUACAUCUUUUUUUGUUUGACUUUAUGACUACGCAUUUAAGAGAAACACAUAGUUAUAUAAA